CGCCGCCGCCGCCGCAGCCCGGCGCCCCUUGCCCGCCGCCCGCGGCCCGGCGUGGCCGCAGCCCAUGGAUUUCACUUAGCGCCAGCGGCCAUGGCGGCACAGUGCUGCUGCCGCAAGGCGCCUGGCGCGGAGGCCGCACCCGCCCGCCCGCCGCCCGAGCCGCCGCCCGCCCUGGACGUGGCCUCGGCCUCCAGCGCGCAGCUCUUCCGCCUCCGCCACCUGCAGCUGGGCCUGGAGCUGCGGCCCGAGGCGCGCGAGCUGGCCGGCUGCCUGGUGCUCGAGCUGUGCGCGCUGCGGCCCGCGCCCCGCGCGCUCGUGCUCGACGCGCACCCGGCCCUGCGCCUGCACUCGGCAGCCUUCCGCCGCGCCCCCGCCGCCGCCGAAACGCCCUGCGCCUUCGCCUUCCCCGCCCCGGGGCCGGGGCCCCCGCCGCCCCCGCUGCCCGCCUUCCCCGAGGGUCCCGGCACCGAGCCCGCCUCCUGCCCUCUGGCCUUCAGGCUGGACCCGUUCACCGACUAUGGCUCCUCGCUCACGGUCACUCUGCCGCCUGAACUGCAGGCGCACCAUCCCUUCCAGGUCAUCCUGCGCUACACCUCGACCGACGCCCCCGCCAUCUGGUGGCUGGACCCAGAGCUGACCUACGGCAACGCCAAGCCCUUCGUCUUCACCCAGGGCCACUCCGUGUGCAACCGCUCCUUCUUCCCGUGCUUCGACACACCUGCCGUCAAGUGCACCUACUCAGCUGUGGUCAAGGCCCCAUCAGGGGUACAGGUGCUAAUGAGUGCCACCCAGAGUGUGUACCUGGAGGAGGAAGGUGUCUACCGCUUCCACAUGGAGCACCCUGUGCCCGCCUACCUCGUGGCCCUUGUGGCUGGAGACCUCAAGCCAGCAGACAUCGGACCCAGGAGCCGCGUGUGGGCAGAACCAUGUCUCCUCCCCACGGCCACCAGCAAGCUGUCAGGGGUGGUGGAGCAGUGGCUGAGUGCGGCAGAGCGGCUCUACGGGCCGUACAUGUGGGGCAGGUACGACAUUGUCUUCCUGCCCCCCUCCUUCCCCAUCGUGGCCAUGGAGAACCCCUGCCUCACCUUCAUCAUCUCCUCCAUCCUGGAGAGUGACGAGUUUCUGGUCAUCGAUGUCAUCCACGAGAUGGCCCACAGCUGGUUUGGCAAUGCCGUCACCAACGCCACGUGGGAGGAGAUGUGGCUCAGCGAGGGCCUGGCCACCUACGCACAGCGCCGCAUCACCACAGAGACCUACGGUGCCGCCUUCACCUGCCUGGAGACAGCCUUCCGCCUGGACGCCCUGCACAGGCAGAUGAGGCUCCUCGGAGAGGACAGUCCAGUCAGCAAGCUGCAGGUCAAGCUGGAGCCAGGCGUGAACCCCAGCCACCUGAUGAACCUGUUCACCUAUGAGAAGGGCUACUGCUUCGUGUACUACCUGUCCCAGCUCUGUGGAGACCCCCAGCGCUUCGACGACUUUCUCCGAGCCUAUGUGGAGAAGUACAAGUUCACCAGCGUGGUGGCCCAGGACCUGCUGGACUCCUUCCUGAGCUUCUUCCCAGAGCUGAAGGAGCAGAGCGUGGACUGCCGGGCAGGGCUGGAGUUUGAGCGCUGGCUCAAUGCCACGGGCCCACCGCUGGCCGAGCCGGACCUAUCUCAGGGGUCCAGCCUGACCCGGCCUGUGGAGGCCCUGUUCCAGCUGUGGACGGCGGAGCCCCUCGAUCAGGCGGCAGCGUCAGCCAGUGCCGUGGACAUCUCCAAGUGGAGGACCUUCCAGACGGCACUCUUCCUGGACCGGCUCCUGGAUGGGUCCCCGCUGCCUCAGGAGGUGGUGAUGAGCCUGUCCAAGUGCUACUCCUCCCUCCUGGACUCCAUGAACGCUGAGAUCCGCAUUCGCUGGCUGCAGAUCGUGGUGCGCAACGACUACUACCCAGACCUCCACCGGGUGCGGCGCUUCCUGGAGAGCCAGAUGUCGCGCAUGUACACCAUCCCACUGUAUGAGGACCUCUGCACGGGUGCCCUCAAGUCCUUUGCGCUGGAGGUCUUCUAUCAGACGCAGGGCCGGCUGCACCCCAAUCUGCGCAGAACCAUCCAGCAGAUCCUGUCCCAGGGCCUGGGCCCCAGUGCCGAGGCCAGCACUGAGCCCAACGCUGAGCUGGCCAGAGCUGGGGCAGAGGCAGGGUCAGACUCGGCAGCCCUGCUGCUUGGCGACGAGGCCCCCAGUAGCGCCAUCUCUCUCAGGGACGUCAACGUGUCUGCCUAGCCCUGACAUUGGGCCAACCUUCAACCUCCCAGACACCAAGAUUGUGCCUUCUGUGGCCCGGGCUGCCAUGACUGCGCCUUGGCUCUGGCCACGAGCUCGGCCCGGGCCCGUGAGCCUCUCCCGUGGGCUCUCCCGUGGGCUCUCCCAGGCUGGGGGCUUGGGGAGAGGGAUUCUGUCUAGUGGCAGCCCUGGGGGCCUGAGCUCAUCCUGUCCCAGCUGUCCUGCACUGUGGGCCUCAGGACUGGCCUUACGCACCACGCCUCCCAUCUCAACACGGACAGCCAUGUGUGGCCCCGGACACCCGCACCUGCCGGACACCAUCCUGGGACCGCAGCUCCAGCAGCUCAUGGCGACCACCACACUGUGCCUUACGUCUGCAGACAGGCUGCACUGCCCCCCAGGCACAGCUUCCCCAGAACCCUGCACUGUUAUCCCCUGGCAGAGGGCCAAGGACGCGAUGUACCCUCACUGUGGGGGCUGGGGACAGGAGAGAAGGGGCAUCACAUGGGGAGCCUUGGCCCCUCGGAGGCCUGUUCUCCCAGCUGCCUGGGGUAGCGGCACAGCCACCCGGCUCACCCCAGGAAAGGGGUGGUGCCGAUGCUCUUGGGGCACACCUGCUGGAGGCACCAGGUAGGACGGCUCCAGCUUGGGACUGUGCAGUGGGCACCACGUGACGGUCCCAUUAAAACUCCACUCUGCAGACUGA